AUGAGCCUCCCUGCCCCGUCCAGCUCCUCCCCGACCCGCCCUGCCCCGUCCCUCCCCCCACUGUUACCUCCAGCCCCUCUCCUCCAGCAUGCUGGCCCGGUGUAUAUAAUGCCUGGCUGGCUAUCGGUACCACAACCAUCACUUCUGUGGCCUUCUCAGCUCAUCUCCGGUGAUACAGACACGCAGCAGUCAGCGAGCGACAUGUGGGUCUCCGUGUACGCAAUAGUAGUGUUGGGAGCAGCAGGCGUGCUGGCCGAAAGUCCCGAAAAGGACAAUGUAGUCAACAGGCAAGCAAGCACCGAAGAACAGACCACCGGUACAACGCCCUAUCCCAUAACCUCCGUUGUGAAACCCGUGGACUGCGCAGACCACCUGAUGGCCGGGGCCACAGUUAGCGGCGUGUACGAGAUUUACCCCUUCACGUGCACGUGUGGAAACCCGGUGCUGGUGUGGUGUGACAUGGAGACAGACGGCGGCGGCUGGACGGUGUUCCUCAAUCGCCAGCAACAGGACGUCCAGCUUGACUUCAACCUCACGUGGGACCAUUACAAGGCAGGCUUCGGCAGUGCUUACUCCGAGUACUAUUUGGGCAACGAGGUGCUGCACCACAUGACGUACGGCCGUUCUUAUGCCCUCCGUCUGGACCUGGACCUGGCCUCAGGGGGUUCCGACUUCGCCACCUAUGACAGCUUUAAAGUCAAUUCUGAGAGCAACAGGUAUUCCUCUUACUUGACGGGGUCUCUCAGGGGAGACUACAGCACCACAAACUGUCUCCGCUACAUGGGUAGCCGCUCCUUCACCACACUGGACAGGGACCACGACAGCUAUACUGGUAACUGCGCAUCUAUAAAAGGAGGAGCGUGGUGGUACUAUAACUGUAGGUACUUCAAUCCCACAAGCGCUUUCAACACGACACUCAAUCUGACCUGCUAUGGAUCCACUAGGCCCGUGACGCAGCUCCAGCUCAAGAUCCGGCCAUCCAUCUGUGACUCCUCUGUCAAGACCAUCCAUCUCACGGAAAUGGGUUGUGGCAAUUGUGGUGUGGAACGCUAACGCCGUCAUGCUUUACCGGUCCACUAUAUGAUCACCCGGACAUUCCAAGUUCUUGCUGCUCUUAAGUCUCCAAUCAGUAUUUUGAAGCACGCUGAACUCUCAUCAGGACACAAUUCAAAGGCAUUUUUCUUUCUUUUUUUUGGGGGGGGUAGGGGCUCUGGAAAGUAGUAGAGAUGAGAUGCUGGCACGUUUCGAAUUAUGAACACAUAGCAAUAUACUCCUUAGCACACACUGGUAAUCUUUGUAAUGUGUACUAGCAUUCUUUGUCUGAAAACCAUUGUCUUGCAUUGUUGAUUAAUAAAGGCUCGAUAAAUCAU